CUUUUGCUCUUAUGCUGCAUCUACGACAAUCCUCGAAGGCGAAACGCAUGCUCUCUUGAGGGAAACAGACUGGAGUAGCGCCGUUCAACCUCCACCAGCAGUAAGAUGCGUCUCCUAGGGUGGAAUGUGUUGGUGGAGACUGGAGAUGCUGAACAAGCAUUGUCUCGUUCUGAUAUGCACGAAGAUGCUCCAGAAGAGCCCACAGCGCCAACUUCGCCGUUACGCCCAAUGUUCAUCCCUUUGACGCCAUUCCUCAUGCGAUGGAGCGCGUGGAGAUAUUUGCAUAACCACUGGGACCGGGAGGCCCACAGGAGAGCACCUCAACUUGAGUGUGCCGAAAAAGCAGCGCUACCGGUGUCACCUCUCAGCAGCAUUCUGGUGUCCCACCCCUGGCUUACAGACCGUGCAUGUUCCCUUGCAUGUCUGAUGACUACCAUGGCUGAGUCUUCACCUUCGCCGCCGCUCCGAGGCUCAGUAGCAGCAUACUCCGAUGCACUGUUACCGACAGGCGCACUGAACUGCGCAGAAUGGAAGCCGCCACAGGGGCGCUCCAUCAGUGACAGGAAGUCCUGCGCCCUGCUGUUGCCGGAUGCUGAACUCUCGUCUCGAACGCCUGACUUCUGCAAAGAAUUGCAGGCUUCGUCUGCCUGUAACCAUCCGAGCGGUCUAUGUAAAGAGCUGCAACCACGCUUUCCGCCAGUGCCAUGUUGGUCGAGGAUCGGAGGUUCCAGCUCAAGAGAGAGCGUCUACCAACAGCCAACCUCGUGCAGCGCUGCGGCGAGCUUCGCAAUAGGGCCGUCGAGGCAGGUGCCUGGAACACCGAAUGACAAUGCGAGGGAUCGGGUAUGGUGGGAGCAGCGGGCGGUGCAACUGGACACUGAUAGCCGAUACGCAACAAAGAAGUCAGGACCGAAGCUCUCCAGGUGGUGCUACCCGCUGGAGUGCUCGUGCCACAUCCGUCGCGCUGUGAAGGCCUUCAUUUGCGUCGGUACAUUAUGGCUACUUUCACUAGUCCGAGCAUACAUCAUUUUCUCGGUCAAACAUCGGGGCGGCGAAGAGCGGCUGCCCCCAGGUUCACUCCUCGACUGGCCCAGUAGCCGACCAGCAUUAAUUGUGACCGAGCCAUUGAAGGCUUCCUUGCAAAUGAUUGUUUGGCUCUUGGGCAUCAACACUUUCAUGGGCACCAGGAGCCCAUCUUCGUCCGCAUUCGUCUGGUUCUCCAUCUCAGUAUUUGUCAUGAUCAGGCUGUAUGUGUGGAUGGAUCGGAGAGACAAGCACCAGAAAUGGUUUAUGUUAGCCGCAUUGCUGUGCUGGCCCGGGCUGACCAUGUGGUCGGACUCGGAAUGGCUGGCAAGCGUAUUCUGCGUCCUACCUUGGACGUUGCUGGCGAGCGUGACGCUCAGCGACCUCUUACAUUCCCUGGCAGGCUACAGUAAAGGCUUGGAGGCAGGUGAGCGUGGUUCUGAGAUAACGGUACCCGAGCAAGUGGCGAUUCAAGAAUGUAAGCUGAUUGGCUGCCAGUGCUAACGUAGCCUAUGUGUUUAUCGAGGUAGAGGGAGUUGUUGCAGGAGAUGUUGCAAAAGAUGUCGCUGCUUGGUCAAAUAGUUCGCCACGCUUUACAAGCCCAAAUUCUUUCGCAUUUGCAAUGAAUAACAUCAGUUUGCAACCGCACCGACUAUACUUCCUUGCAUCGAGCGCUGUGCCAUGCUAUGCCCUCUGUCAAGGUCGCUCCAACGCUGCACGAUCGGUAGACGAUGUUGAGUCAGGUGGCAUGUGCCUUUAGUCGUCGACAGGUGGCCAGCUUGACACAACAUCCGUAUGGGUACGCCGGUUCAAUGAUAUGGCGUUAGUGAGUGGCACUGGUAGGCUUAUACUACAUGUAGCAAUGGCGGAUAGGUGU